UUUGAAUUGUGUCCUCGUAAAGAAAGGAUAUUCGUUACAUUGUUGUUAAGUUGUUAUUAUAAUUUCCAAACAAAAAACCAACAAACUAACAAACCAAAGCAAAAUCAACACAACCAAAAAAAAAAAAAGAAAAAACACACUCACAAAGCAAAAAAGCAAAAACAAAAAACAAAAUAAAACACCACGAAAUAAAAACAACUUGAAGGCGGAAAAUUCAAAAAUACAAAAGCGAAAAUAAAUAAAUAAAACAAAAGUAUUCCAAACUGACGACGCGUACAAAAAUCCGCAGCAAAGGCGUCUGCGAAAAUAAACAAACAACACGAAAACCACAUGAACUUUUUUUCCAAAACCAAAAAUAAAUAAAUCUUAUUGGUCUGUGAUAAGUGAAGGUAAAGCAAAAUUCAAUAAAAAAAAACAACAACAAACAAAAGCAAAUAAAUAAAAAAAAGUUAGAACAAAAAACCGUAAAAAUAAAUGCGUGCAGCAACCGCAAAAAGAAACUUUUGAAAUUAAUAAAAAUUUGUAGAAAUCAUUUAACGCAUCAAAUGAUUUCCACGUAACAUUGAACAAAGCGCAAACAAACAGAAAAAGCAAAAAAAAAAACAAGAAAAAAGGAAAAACAAACAAAACUACAACAACAGCAAUUAAAAGUGCGGUUUCACACAAAAAAGAAAAACAUAAAAAAAAGGGAAAACAAAAAUUAUUUAGUAAAAUUAUAGCACGAUUUGAUGAUAGACAUCAACUGUGAGGCAGCACUUCAUUAAACAUCAAAGCGAAUUGCGUUUAACCGCAAAACGUGAAACACCAACAGCAGCAGCAGCAAUCGAGCAGCAGCAACAACAACAACUGCAAAUAUCAGCAAAGAGCUACGCAGAGCACAUUGCAAAGUGCAAAGUGAAAAAAUGUUGGCAAUGCCCACGCUAAUGAUGCCAGCAACAGCACAGAUGACGCUCAGUGGCAAGCCGUAUGAGACCAAAUUGUUGGCCAUCCAUCAGACGCAUUUGCAGCAACCGCAGCAGCAACAACAGCAGCAGCAGCAGCAACAGGCGCCAGCACCGCAGCAGCAACAGCAGCAGCAACAACACCAGGCGAGUGUUAAGCAGCAAUCGCAGCAAUCGUCGCAGCAAAUGUCGAUUAUAACCACGCAGCAACAGCAGCAUCCGCAGUCUCAGUCGCCGCAUCAGCAGCAGCAAUCGCAGCAGCAGGCUGUCGCUGCCGCUGCAGCAGCUGCCGCAGCCGCUGCUCAUCAUCAGCAGCAGCAACAGGCCGCUGUGGCAGCCGCCGUUUGUGCCGCCCAACAGCAGGCGGUUGCUGUGCAACAGCAACAGCAGCAGCAACAAUAUCAAAUCCAUUCGCAGCAACAGUCGCCGCAGCAAGUGCUCAGCGUUUCGCCUAAGCAGGAACAAUUCCACAUCUUUGUCGGCGACUUAAGUUCAGAAAUUGAAACUCAGCAAUUGCGCGAGGCAUUCACACCAUUCGGCGAAAUCUCCGAUUGUCGCGUUGUGCGCGAUCCACAAACCUUGAAGUCGAAGGGUUAUGGAUUUGUGUCCUUCAUCAAGAAAUCGGAAGCUGAGAGCGCCAUUACGGCCAUGAACGGGCAAUGGCUUGGCUCGCGCUCAAUUCGCACGAAUUGGGCUACACGGAAACCGCCGGCGAGUAAAGAGAACAUCAAGCCGUUGACUUUCGAUGAGGUCUACAACCAGAGCAGUCCCUCCAAUUGCACCGUUUAUGUGGGUGGCGUCAACAGCGCCCUCACCGCACUCAGCGAGGAGGUGCUGCAGAAGACAUUUGCUCCCUAUGGCGCGAUACAGGAAAUACGCGUCUUCAAGGACAAAGGCUACGCAUUUGUGCGCUUUUCCACUAAAGAGGCGGCUACUCAUGCCAUUGUUGGUGUGCACAACACCGAAAUCAAUGCACAGCCCGUGAAGUGCUCGUGGGGCAAGGAGAGCGGCGAUCCAAACAAUUCGCAGACCAUGGCCAGCCAGGCAUUGAACAGCGCCGCCGCUGCCGCUGCCGGUUUUCCAUAUGGCGUGAGUGCUGCGGCAGCUGCUGCCGCUGCCUAUGGCCAGCAGUUGGCUGCCACUGGUUGCUGGUAUUCACCGACGCCAACUUAUCCGGCUUCGUCGGCCACCGCGGCCGCUGUCACACCAGCAGCGGCGGCGGCCAGCGCUGCGGCCGUGCAAAAUCAAUUCCUGCAGGGCAUCCAGGGCUAUCACUUUGGACAGUAUGGCGGCUACCAGCAAGGAUAUAUGGGAAUGGGCGUUCAGAUACCAGCCACCUGGCAAGGCGUUACCCAAGCUCAGAUCUCGCCAGCCCAGCAAUUGGCAACGGGCGUGGCAGGCACAGCCAUACCACAGGCUGCCGGCGUUGUUGCCUAUCCGAUACAGCAGUUCCAAGUGAGCCCACAGGUUUAUCCUUUACUUUUGCAGGCACAGUAAACAAGCAAAAACAAAUACCUAUAAAUAUACAAAGAAAUCAAUCGAAAUUUUUAAGUACAGCAGAAGUUCUGAAACAGAAACAAAACCCAAAAGUCAGCUGUAAAUAAAUGCGAAGCGCCGAUAAAAAAAAAACACAUUUGCAAAUUGACGAGAAGUUCGAUGCGAAGUUUCGACGAGAAUGUUGAGUGCUGCACCCAAAUGCAAAAAAACAACAAAAAAAAACAAAUGCCAAAAAAAACGUAGAAUAACCACAGCACGCACCACACACAAAACACAUAUUGUUGCAAUUGUUUAUGAUUAAUUUGUGCAUAAACAGUUGUAAGCGGCCCCUUUUGAAUAAGCCGCAAAUGUGAAAAAAUAUGACAAAACAAAAAGUUAAAUACAAAAGAAAAAAAAAUACAAAGAAUAUAAAUAAAAUAUUAAAUACAUUUGGUAUCCUAGUUGCUUAUAUCACACACAAAAGUCACACACACACACACACACACAAACACGUCCCCACAUUCACAAUCAGACUCGAAAACAUAUGCAUAAAUUCGUGUAAAUUUAUGCUUUAUAUAAAUGUGUUAAGCAUGCUGCGUAUAAAUAGAAUUAUAAUUAAUUGAAGAAUUGAAUGAGAAAAAAAAAAUUAAAAUGAAAACAAAGAAAAACACAAAAAAUGACAAACAAGAAUUGCGUACUUAAAUAAAAAGUAAUUUGGUAUACAAAAAAAAAAAAAAAAAGUGAAAGCCAUAAAUUAAGUAUGCUGUAUUCUGUGCGUAUAUUGUGCAGAACAGAGGCUAUAGAAUACUCUCACACACACACACACAUUCAUUUAUAUAUCAACACACACAGAGACAGAUGCAGACAGUAACCUCGGUGUACAUGUGUAUGUUUUAACGUGGAAUUAAAUUAAAAUAAACAUAAUUAAAAAUGCGUUAAAAUUAAUUACGCGCGUGCACACUCACAGUUAAAGACACGCACACAUUCGCACUUAUUUAUACACACACGCACACACAUAUGCUAUAAAUUUGUUUGUGUGUAUGUGUGUGUGUAUGACAGACGCAGACAUUGACGCAAAACGCAGACGUUCCCAGGAGUCCCCUUGACAAAAACGCAAAUACACAUAAAGUCAGACACACACCCAUACACACACACACUUUUGUAGCAUAUAAUUUAGCAUUGCCUACUUUUAUGCGCAGCUUUUGAUAAACGCUUAGAGCAAGUACAUCACAAUGAUAAUAUACACCUAGCACUAGUGCCUAUUACUAUCGUAGAUCUAGUUGACGACGACGCCGCCACGUCUGAAGACCCUCACACACACACAUACACACCGACACACUCACACAUACAACUGCCAAGCCAUAUGGUGUACUCGACAUUUCCUGCUAUCAUUUUCCUAUAACUAAAACGCAACUAAAUGUUACAAAUACUCAAAGUACUUUAUUUUGUGAUUGCUCAGUAAUUGAAAGACAUGUUCCUACAAACGUCUACACACACACUCACACACACCACACAUAGACACACAUACACACAAAUAGCAACAAUAGCACUCGCAGCUAAUAGUAUCUGAAGAUGAAAAAAUAAAAACAAAGUAUAAAAAAAUGUUUACAACUGAAAUAUGAAACAAGCAAAAAUUCAAAGUCCAAUGCAAUCCAGCCACAAAAAAAAGCUUAACUCAAACUCCUAUAUAAUCGAUAACCGAUAACCGUUAAUCGAAACCGAUACUCGAUACUCGAAUGGCAUCAAGCUUUAGUUUUUAAUCUGUCUCACAGGCUUUGUAAUAAUAAUAGCAGCAAGAUCCAAACUUGACACACACUUGAUAUAUAAUAUUUGUUAUUCUUCUAAGUUUUGCAAUUAUUUUCGAUUAUGCUUAUGAUUUCAUUCUUUUACAAAUUCAAUUUCCAAUGAAAUUCAAUUAAAUCCUCUGUACAAAGCAACAUUACAAAAAAAAUUUCCACAUGAAUAUUAAAAAAAAAUUCUCAUUUUUGAAUAUUUUUCUACCUGUCUAAAACGUAUAAAACGUAUUUUGUAUAUGUUUUUAUUUCAGUUGCCAGAAGAUGAAUGGUUAGCUGCAAAUUUAUUGUGUUAGAAAACAAAUAUAAAACAGACAAAAACAAUGCCGCUUUAAUGCAAGGAAAUAUGUGUGUUCCACAAGUCUUUUCGAUCUGACGAUUUGCUAAAACUUCAAAAAAACGAAAAAAAAUACAAAAAAAUAGCACCUAUUGUCCUUGCAGAGUCUUUCAGUUUCAGUCUACCUCGUUGUCAAUUGUAGACUCUACACAAAUUGCUAAAUUGUAAAAGGUUUGUGGAACAGAGUUUAGCUAACACUAGUGAGAAUAAAUGCCCAAUUACACACACAUAACGUACGUACAUACAGAUAUAUACUCGUGUGUAUAGAUAUUAUAUAUAUACUUAUAAAUAUAACAAUCAAAAUAUGCCAUCGAAUGAUAUUAUAUGAUAUUAGCCAUAAUCAUAAACACACACACACACAUAAAUACCAAUUUAAUCGUGUAAUCGAAAUGGAAAUCCAAAGAUAUAUAAUUUUAACAAGAACAGAGAGCACUCCAUAAACACUGAUUCGGAAAAUACAAAGAAAUAUACCAGAAAAAUACCAUAAACAUGCCAGAAAAAUACCCAACACACUCAAUCAUAUGCAUAUAGAGUAUAUAUAAAUGUGAAUAUAGAGAAUAAAAGAGUUAUAGAGUGCGAUCUAGCAUGGCUUAAAUAGGCUUCACUAGCUGAAAGGAAUAGAGACACACACACACACACACACAGGCAUACAAAACAGAACUAGAAAGUGAAUUAGAUAUACCUAACAUAUAUAUGUUUAAUGGUUUAUGUAGUUGGUAUUCAAAACAGAAAGAACAUGCUUAUAUAACAUACAUACAUCAAUACAUAUAGCUAUACAUAUUUUAGAACUAGACAGACAUACAUAUACAUACAUAAACAUAGCAUACAUAUAUGUGUGUGUGUGUGUGUAUAUAUCAGCAAAACAUAUAAAUAUAUACAGACACACACAUACACACACAAAAACGAGCAAUCAAAUAUAGCUGCGGCACAUAGUAUAUAAUAUUUAUAUAGAUAUGUGUUUAUACAUGCAAUAUAUAUGGCAUACAUACAUAUAUAUAUUCAUGAAUAUGUAGGAGUAUGUCUUGGUUGACAAAUUACAACAAGAACAACAACAACAACAACAGCAACAAAAAAUGUUCAAAAUGAAAACCAAUUAAAAUGAUAAAAAACAGGCAAAUAACAUGUAAUAGCUCGCAUGUUGUAUGGUUUAUGUAGAUGAUGUACGUAUCGAGCAAUUAAACUUGAUAUCAUUUCACUUUGGAUAUUUGUGUUUGAUGGGACAACAGCAGAAGAGAAGAGGAGAAGAGAGGAAAGUUUCAUGAUUUGCAUAUGGCGCGUUUUAUCUGUAUUUUUAUGAUUUUACUUUUGACCAUUUUAUUUUGUGAUUUUUAUAUUGUUAACAACAUUUUUAUGGACACAGAGAAUAGUUGAAUUUUUAUAUAUGAAUGGGCGGAAUGUGCAAUGCAAUUUCCAUGGGGGGAAUGCAUAACUAACUAAAGUUGUGCACCAAGUUAUCCCCAUGGAAGAUACAAAGACAAAACAGUACAGACAGAACAGACAGACAGACAGGCAUACAUAUGACAUAGAUGUGUAGCUGUAAGUAACUAGCGAGUUGUAAUGUAAACUUAAGAUGUUUUUAGCACUAGAAACUAACACGUAGUUGGACUAUAUGAGAGGCAUUGCAUGUUUAAACCAAAAACCAAAAAAAAAAGAGAAGAGAAGAGACAGCAAACGACUUAGAUGUAGAUGUGAUUUUAAAGAAAAGAAAAAAAACAGAGCAAACCUUGGAUCGAUUUAGAGAGAUUGAAGCUGAUGCGAUUAUUGCAGUUUUUCUGUUUGUUAUUUUGUUUAUAAAAAAAAACGAAAAUUAAGGAAAACUAGUCAAAAAUGAAAAUGCACAAGCAAAACCAAAAAAAAACUUAACAAUUUUUUGUUACAUAAACAAAAA